AUGAUUGGAAGAAAUGAAGACUGUCUACUCUAUAAGGUAGCCCUGGAAGACAAGCCAUGGUCUGCACAUCAAGUAAACUAUAUACAUGAGAGCCAUAAUUUAUGGUGUACUUGCAAAAAUUUUGAAGCAUCUGGAUGGUUAUGUUAUCAUUGCAUCAUAAUUCUACACUUGCAUUCAGUAACAAGAAUACUAGACAAGUAUGUUUCAAAAAGAUGGAUUAAGUUUGCAAAAACAGAGACAUGGGAUAGGUUGAAGAAUCAGGAUCCUACACAUCAAUAUACUCCAUGGAGACAAACAAUGAUAAGGAAAUACUAUAAUCUAAUCUUAAAGAGUCAAGAAAAUGAAGAAACAAAAGAAUUUAUGGAAGAAAGUUUCAGAAACAGUCUUAAAAUGGUGGAUGACUUACUUGCUAGUGCUGCCCAGAGAGAAAGUGCAGAAGCUGCUUCUAAUGUUCCUGAUGUGGUAGACAGCAAUCACAGCAAUGAUGAUGUUUCUUCGGCAUCGAGCACAAGUGUACCAACAAUACUUGAUCCACAAAGGGCUGUAACAAAAGGUAGAAGCAAGAGAGCAAAAGGAGGUCUUGAAAAAAGCAAGAGAAAAAGAAAACCAGCACUACCACCUCCACAUUUAGAAUUUGGAUCUAAAACACCUAAUUUGAGACUCUUUUAG